UUGAGACGUUAGGUCACGGCAACUUGGCAGCGAAAACAUAUUUGCAUGGUCCGGUAGUGGUAGGCGUGUUAGCUUUUAACGAGCAACUUGUGAACUUACCGCUAAACUAGCGACAUAAACCGAGGAAUUCAUACAACUCAAGUCUUCAAAAUGGUGGUCGGUGACAAGAGGAACGGAUUGCGAGCGGUUUUCGUCGCCUUUCUUGCUGUUUUGACGGUCCAGUGUGUGCAUAGUUAUACCACAACAGAACGAAUAACUACCCAGACACAGACUGCGAUGCAAACAACGAGCAUUACGGACAAAAUUACCACAAUGCCAAUAACGGUCAAACCACCGCCAGAUUCUGUUUGCGACAGCAAUUGGAACUGUUCACAAACAGAGUACUGUGAGUUGAGAAGUCCAAACGUUUCCGGAAGUUGUGAGUCAUGUCAUGACAGUUGUGGACGUUGUUCUGGCCCAGAGAAUAAAGAUUGUACAAGUUGUAAUAUAUCUAGCUUUAUCGUGCAAGACGUUGUUUACGACAGUGAAGCAACGACCCCUAUUGGAACAAAUACGACGGAACAGACAACCGCUGAAACAGCAGCGACCGUUGGACCGACCACGGUAAUAGCUACCCUUUCUCGGACUCUGACGUUUGGACUUACAACUACGUCACAAUCACCUGACGUCACUGAUAAUGCUACGUCAUCGUCAACGCAUCCAAACGCUACAUCGGCGACCGCCACAAGUUCAACAGAAAAGCCAAUAACCGAACCGGCGGGCUACUCGAUAAAACUCGAAUGCGUCGACGAAUGCCCAAGCGACUUGGAACCACCUUGGAGUAACUCUAAGCUAUGCUGCCACGUCCAAUGUAAAGAUAAAGGAUGCUACGGUAGCUCUGGUAGCAGCUGUUGCCAUGACAAGUGUACAACCGGUUGCUAUGGCGACGGGAGUGAGAGAUGCUGCCAUGAGAAUUGCAACCCGGACUAUGGAUGCGAUCACAAUGGUCAAUGUCGCGUUAUUACAUCAACAAAAGGGAUAGUGUUACUCCCAUGGCAUUGGGCACUGAUAGGUACAGGUGGUGGCAUUGUCGUGACGGGUGGCAUUAUAGGCAUCAUCUGCUGUUGUAUCAGACGGAGGCGAAGGGAACCGCGGGAGGAGACCGACGAAGGGGAAGAAAACAUUGGGAUGAAGAAGAGAAAGUCCAAGAAAAGGAAGAGAAACAGCUACGUUCCUGGCCCGAAUAGUGUGAGAAAUCCGGAGAUGAACCAGGACGGCCCGUAUGCAAAUGAGGAGUACGUCGACCACGCCGGAUUGGCCAAUCCAGCCCACCAACAAGAUGACGCCUACGAUGACGUCAAUGUGAAUGCUGACGUGUACGUCGAACCACAGCCGGACCAGUUCAAUCCGGGAUCUACUGAUGACGACAUCUACGAUCAGCCGCCUCUGGAAGAACUGAACCAUCACCAGGGCGCGGCCAACUACGGUUACCAUGACGACGCGCUUGCGCAGCAGGACGCCGUGUAUGGGAACGACCCGAAUCAGUUUUCAGGUGACCAGUAUCCGGUUUCAGGUGACCAGUAUCCGGUUUCAGGUGACCAGUAUCCGGUUUCAGGUGACCAGUAUCCGGUUUCAGGUGACCAGUAUCCGGUUUCAGAUGACCAGUAUCCGGUAUCAGGUGACCAGUAUCCGGUUUCAGGUGACCAGUAUCCGGCUUCAGGAGACGCCGGACAAUCCGGAUUCGAGACAGCCGAACCGGUCUACCAAAAUACCGGUUUCGCGGCGCAGUCAAAUGUAACACAAGAAGACCCAUCGAUGUAUCAGAACUUUGAAGAAUCUAACCCGCAACCCUUGUCACACGAGGACCCACACCUGUACUACGACUACACAGCACAACAUGACCCAGUACACGACUUCCCUCCCCCUCCGGACUGCGAUGAUGAACAGUUUCCUUCCAUAGCCUCCAUGGACAGUAUGCCCUCGCUCGACCCUCCCCCAGCCCCAGAAGAUACCCCUAGUCACUUCCAAACUUCCCAACUUCCCCCUUCCCUACCCCCUGCAGAUCUCCCCAGUCUUCCCCCACCCCCACCACCCACACAAACGCCUCUAACUCAGUCCCCGCACCACACAGCGUCUCCACACGGUACUGCAGGAGGGAGGAAGAAGACGAGAAAAGUGCCGCCCCCACCGCCGGCCGGGCCCCGACCGGAGUCCGCCAGGAGAGCACAAAGACCGCCACGCGUCCAGGUGAGAAACAGAAGACAACAAGAACCGGCCGCGGAAAUCUACGGUUACGAAAACGACCAAAGCGAAGUCUAUGGUUACGACAAUUAGUGCAACAACGCCCCCUGUCGGCCCUUCCUGGUGUGCAAUCUGUGCGUUUCAGUUGGAUGAAAAUAAACAAUAAGAAAUUCCGUAUGCCGUCAUGUAAAAACGUUGUCACCUGGACAACUGGACAGUUGACUACAAAUUGGAAGGGCUCAUGACGACGAUUUAAAUGUACAAACCAUAAGUUGUUCCCCUAUACACAAUGUAUUCAUGUUUGUUACAUAUAACAGUUAGGAUGUUACAUGUAUCCCCAGAGAUGGAUUAAAAAGGUAGUCAGACUAACAAUACGUAAAAUGUGUAUAUUUCUGUACAUACUUAUAUUCAUUUGAAUAUGUCACACCUCUACUAUAAGGAAUGUGUAAGUUAUACGCAAGAAAUAUGGAAGACACUGAUAUUUACUAAACGUGUAUGUAAAUGUAUUAUGCUUCUAACCUUGAACCUAUAACUAGAAGAAUUAGAACUUCAUUGAGUGACAGUUGUAACAGGUACAAUGUAUGACAUUUGUACGUACAUGUUAAGAUACAUGUAUUGCUAAUAUCAAUUGUCAUAUAGAAAAACGACUGUUAGAAAGUCAGUCUUGUGUACAAAUAUAUGACUGUUUUAUCCAUGUGAACUAGUGGAUUUAUACUUAUGUCUGCAAUAUGACAAAAAAGAGGACAAUUUUGGUGUCACCUUUAACAGGGUGCAGAACUGUACUAUACGUAAAGAAAGAAAUAUCAGAGAUAUCUGAUAAACGCCUUGUAUAACCUGUUAUUUUGGUUAACGUAAAGUUACUAUCUUCAGCAGAACUCGUAUCACAUCUGCUGUGUGUAUUUUUGUAUAUCAAUAUAAUCAUAUAAUGGAAAACACAAGUUACCAUACGGUAUGUGUCAAGAGGUUGCAUGCAAUUCAUUCUUCAGAUGAAAGUAUACGAUAUAUAUUGGUUUGAUAUCUGUAUUAGUGAUUAUAAGUAACAGUUAGUCGUGUAAUAUCUUAGUUGGAAGAUUACUGUGUCAAACAUAAAAUUAUUCAAAAAUGUUUUUAUUGAAAUAAAAGUGCCAUAACUCUCCACAGAGAUGUUGUCAUGAAGAAAAGUGAAAGAGGCAUUAGAAUGAUUCAAGAAACUGAAUGGAUUAGAAAUAGUUUUGUAGAUCAAAACUCACUUAAGUGAUGCCCAAAACAAAGUGUCAUUGCACGUAUAUAUAGAAAGGCGUUCGUAAGAAAGAAAACUGAAUGUCUAAACUCCGGAGAAAAUCAGAAUAUCACCGCUUGUUGGGACCCAUUUACUUAUAGUUUUAGAUUAUUUUCUGUUCGACUUUCCCUCU